AUGGGCGGGUGUUCGUCCAAAAGCGACACAAAAGACAAUGUCCGACACAAUGAGCGUCACUUUAUUCCAAGUGGAGAAGGCGGCAAUACGAGCAGCUCUAAAAAAUAUGGACGUUCUGUAGCUGAUACGACGCGUGAGCGCUCUGACAAGUCGACUCGUCGAGGGCCUAGUAACAAUACCGUGGACUUUCAGGAGUUUAAGGACAAGGAGAAGAACGUGGUUGAAACAAUGCUGGAGAGUAAUAAAGGACUGCGGAUGGCCGAGAUAAAUUUUCACGACCUCAAGCUGCAGAAGAUUAUUGGUGCAGGGGCGUUUGGUGAAGUGAUCAAGGGCACGUACUGCGGCACUCCUGUUGUAGUCAAGCGAAUGCUACGUACAAAGAUUACCGAGGAUAAUCUACGUAUGUUUGGUGACGAGAUUCAGCUUAUGAUGAAUUUGCGCCACCCUAAUAUUGUGCAAUUCAUUGGUGCUAGUUGGAAUUCGUAUUCCAAUAUUUGCUUUGUGACAGAGUUCUUGGAGAGAGGAGAUCUCUUUGCCGUGCUACGAAAUUCAGAAAACAAGAUGACUUGGGCAAAGCCCAUUUUACGCAUGACUAUUGACACCUCGCGCGGUAUGGCGUACUUGCACAGCAUGAAGCCUCCUAUAAUUCAUCGCGACCUCAAGAGCAUGAACAUUCUCGUGAGUUCGACGUGGGGUGCCAAGGUGAGCGAUUUCGGCCUGAGCCGUGAAAAGUCUGUUGAUGAAACGAUGAGCGUGACUGGUACACCGCUGUGGCUACCGCCUGAGAUGAUUCGUGGAGAGCGUUACACGGAGAAGGCCGAUGUCUACAGCUUUGGCAUUGUAUUAGCAGAGCUAGAUACGCGCAAAAUUCCGUAUCACGAUAUCAAGGCCAAGGGUGCUCGCAAUAAGAAGGUGUCUGGUAGUACGCUGAUGCAUAUGGUUGCAUACGAAAAGCUGCGUCCCUCGCUGAGCAAAAACUGCAUGGACAGCGUACGCAACCUGUAUGAUCGCUGCACGUCUGAUGAUCAGGCGUUGCGUCCCACUUUUGAGGAUAUCGUGCAGUUUCUCGAAAAUGACGUUCGCAAGGAGACGCUUAUACGUGCAAAUGAAGAGAUGAAUGUAGUUGAAGAAGAACAAACUGGAUUGGAUGUUUCGCCUGAAGAACUUGGUGUUCACCAUGCCACUCAUUAUGUGGAUUAA